CCCUACAAGGGGUAUUUUUGUAAUUCAAUAAUAGAUGAAUUCUGAUUCUUGACACGUCAUGCAAUUAGCCUAUGGAUAUUGUGGCAUAAGGCAUUGUUAUUUUUUCCAUUCUCUCCCUCUGUGUACGCGUUUCUCCCUUUCUGAUCGUCGUGUUUAAUUUUUAUUGUGUUUUACCAUCAUUUCCUUCAUAGUGGUGAUUCAAGAAGUGGUGUAGUUUCAGAAUCAAGGAACGCAGCCUCUCUUUUGUUGUCCUCUUCAUCAAUUCUUGAUUUUUAUCUUCAUCAGAGCAGCUCUGGCAGGUCGACCGGUUCCGUUUCAGUGAAAUUCUCUAAGGUGUUUGGUGAACGUACAACUUUUGAAGAGGUUCAUGAAGGCUUCUGAAUAUGCUAAAAGGUUGGUUAAUCAAGAGAAGUCUUUUGCUUGUGCUGAAGUCGAGAGUACUAGAGCAGUGGUGCUGAGAAUUGGGGAGGCACUUGAAGAACAAGAAAAAGAUACACAAGCUUCUAAACCACAGGUGAAGACAACCAUGAUUAUGACUGAGAAGAUAAUGGCUAAAGCUUUUGACAAGGGGCACGUUACACCUGGGGAUAAUAGUUGGGUCAUAUGUUUAUGUUUCGAUGACAACCGAUAUUUGAGGUCCUGGUUCUAUUGGGAUUUUUAAGAAGGAGUUGGGAUGCUAAGGUAGUUAUAAUUUAUGUCUUCUUUUUUUAACUUUUUGAUUUGUUGUGGUGGUUGAUGUAUGUGUUAAUGGAUUUUAUGUGAAAAUCGAUUUUCGCUGAAGGAUUGAAUUGUGUUAUUGUUGUUUAAGGCAAUAGGAUUAGAGUCAUGUAAUAAAAUUAAACUGAAGAAAUAUAUAGGCGGUAGUAGUUGAUAUUUAUCAAAAUUGAGUAUAUGAUUUUGGCUAGAGAGCUAUGAAUAGAUGAAUCGAUCAAAGGGAUAGGAUUAGAGAUCUACUAAGAAGGGUUUGUUUCAUGAAGCACUUGCAAUUUCCUGCACUUAAACCUUUUUUCCUAUGUUUGUAGAGCUCGAAUUCUAAGUUUGUGAGAUUUUCAAAAUCUAUGCACUAUGAAUAGCAUUGUUUCAUAAAGCACUUGCAAUUUCCUGCACAUACACCUUUUUUCUAUGUUUGCAGAUCUCGAAUUCUUAGUUUGCGAGCUUUUCAAAAUCUAUGCACUAUGAAUAGCAUUGUUUGGAAGAAGAAUGUGCGUCAAUUAAUUCAGUCGAGGUCAGGUAAUGAAAUAUGAGCGCAUGUUAUUAAGAACUGAAAUAAAGAAACAAAUGUCUUACCAUGGUGAUAAGUUUAACCUUUCUUUCUACAAAAUAGUUUUAUGAAAAUCAACAUGACUUUUUGUUUAUAUGCCUUAAUUAGAUCACAAUGAAAAGCCAUUGAUUAGUCUUAUGAAACAUUUGAAAGAAGUUAAAUUUUCUGUUGGAAAUCCCGCCCUGAAUAUGAGGGGGUGGGUUGGUAAUUCCACCUCAGGUGCGUUGGAAAUCCCACCCCGAAUGUGAGGGGGUGGGUUGGUAAUUCCACCUUAAAAUUGCGAUGCGAUCUGCCCCAAGUUGCCUUAUGUUGGCUUGUCUUUGCGGGGGUGGAUUUAGUCCCACAUCGGUUAGAUUGGAAGCUUGAUCAGAGUUUAUAAAGAGGAAACACUCCUCACCUUACAAGCCGGUUUUGUAAGGAUGAGUUAGGCCCCAAAAUUUCAACAUUUUCACAACUAAACGUUUCUUACAAGUCAAUUCUAUAAGGUUGAAUAAGUGGCAACUUUGACUCUAUUCAGUUGCAUUGUUGUUAUUUGUUCUAACUGUGAUUUCAAGUGGAAAUUCUUAUCACAUAUAAGGCAUGUCAGUAUAACUUGGUUGUUUGAGAGAAAGGUGAGUCUUUUCUAUCUUUUAAAGGGUCCAUGCAUUGGUUUAUUUGCAUAACAAAGUUUAGUGCAAGUUAUAUGUAUCUUGCAAUAAAUUAUAAGUUAUUUGUUCUUUUAGGUUGGUUAUUUUUCUUAUUCCUUUCUUACUUUUGCUUUCACUUUAAUCUGUAAUAAUAAUAAUAAAUUGUUAGGAUCAGUUAUGAUACACUUUCACUCUUUUUUGUCACUGCAUACUGUAUAGGAGAAGUCAUUUAAUGAGUGCGGAUUUAAACUUUAUAUAUAUAAAGGUAAAUAUGUUUUGUGUUUAUGUCGAUAUCCCUCAUUUUGAGUUUCGACUAACCAAAUUAGUUAUUGUGAGGAUUACAUAUGUAUAUGUGUUUGAUAGAGUUUGAAUGUUAAUGUUGUUUAAACUUUGAACUGCCAUG